UGCGGUCCCUUUAAGCAAACCCAGCAUGCACUUCGAUGCUAAAUCCAUCAUGGCUUCCUGGUUAACUGUUUGGAGUUUUUAUUUUGUGUGGAUUACUGAAUUUAUUUCGAAUUGUUCUGGUAAUAUAGGCCGUCGGCCCCCGGAAGGUCGAGAAUCUGAACUUUCUGUCAUUUCUGUACCACUGGAGCAUUCAUUUGAACUUGAUGACAGCAUUCAGUUUAAAAAGAGAGGCACUUUACAGUGGUAUCCUAGUGGUGACAGUUACAUCACAGUUUCUCAGAAGCAGUUAACAGAGGAAGAGAGACACAAACUGUCGACAGUGGCUAAUUUGGAUGGAUUAUACCGUAUCAGAAUCCCAAGAAAAGUGGAAGCUGACGGGACAGUUUCUGGAUACGUGACCUCCUUCGUCAGAGCAUGCUCCAUGGUAGAGUCUCAUCUUUCAGAUGUGAUCACUGUCAAUACAGACGUUUCAGGAAACAUCAUUGGCAUUUCCAUAGUAACUAUCCCCGGAUCCUGCAGUGGGGCAGAGAUUGAAGAUGUGGACCUAGAGUUGUACAACACCACAGUACAUCUGCUGCAACCUGUACAGGCUGCUGUCCCCGAAACAGCUUUUUUUAUCGAACGGAUGGAACAGGAGCAGGCACAGAAGGGCAAGAAUCCUCAAGAACAGAAAUCCUUCUUUGCCAAAUAUUGGAUGUACAUCAUUCCCAUUGUCUUAUUCCUGAUGAUGUCUGGCGCACAGGAUCCCAGUGGGCAGGGAGGGGCAAGCGGAGGUGGAUCUGGUGGCGGGGGGAGGUGAAAUGGACAUUGAAACCAAGAAAUUACUUCUAUCAGCUCAAAUAGAAUAAAAAAAUCUGCUUUUGUACAGUAGAUGCCACACACAUUCUCAUGGGGAAACUGGCUUUACCUACCCAAUAAAUAUUUAUACUGCAAUGUUCAGGCUGAAUGCAAAUGAUGUAAUUUUUCUUAUAAUUUCAAUAAAAUAUUAUAAGAGAGUA